AUGAUUGCACCGACUGUGAGUUCUUCUUUAAUAUGGCACGGAGUAAUAUUGAAAAAUCUCAUGGUGGCACAAAUUAUUGCCUUAUCAGUUCUCUUCUCUGAUUCGAAUCGUCUAUCUGGCCCACUUAUUGAAGCCAUGAACAAACUUCUACCAUCUUAUGGAGAAGCAUCACGUGGUGCUCCGGCCCUUCACAUUGAGUAUUCGAAGUCUGUGGUGCAAUCCGUUCUUGAGAAAAUAUUGGGUCAGUCUAAAGUUGAAGAUAAUGACAUGCAGUACUUGGUCAAAUUCAUGGCUGAUAAUGCUGAUGGACUUGCCAUUAUGUUGAUGACUGUGGGAUUCGUUUUAGCUUCACUUUGUAUUUAUGGGUUUAUUUCGGCCUGCAGUGAAUCGAAAGUACUAUUGAUAAGUUAUGGAUUAGUCCUAUUGCUACUGAUCGCUGCUAAUUUGGGGGCAGUUUAUUACUUGUUCUCCCGUCCAUCGAAAAUGCCUAAUGUAAUAAUACAGGCCAUUAACGAGUCCCAACAAUAUUAUAACAUGACCUCCAGCGAAGGUGUGGUAGCAACUGCAGUGUGGAAUAUAAUUAUGACAUUUAACGGAACUUGCUGUGGCUUUGACGGUUACGCGGAAUUUCCCACUAAUGGAACGCUCCCUUUGCAAUGCUGUAACAUAUCUAACAACUCAAUUCAAAAGACUUGUGAGAGGAAGGAGGCGGCUUCAAGUAAAGUGACAGGAUGUCGGGCGAAAAUUGUCGACUUUGUUGAUAAAUAUUUACAAUUAACACUGUAUCUCGUAGUUGGGGUGAUCUGUUUUCAGGUAGGAAAUAAAUUUUAA